UCAGUGGGCCUGUCAGUCAGUCAGUCUGCGUGUGUGUCUGUGUGUCUGUGUGUGUGUCUGUCUGCAGCAGGGCCAGCGCGCUCUGAAAUAUCCUCUCAUCCUCUCGGAGACACACAGGGAGUGUGUGGGCGCCCGGUGCCCGGUAUGUGUGCAUGUGUGCAUGUGUGCGUGUGUGUGUGUGUGUGUGUGUGUGUGUGUGUGGACUCGGGGAGUUGUCAGAGCAGAGUGGGGGAGCACGCACAGUGUGAGAGAGAGGAGUUGAGAGAAAGAGAGAGACAUAGAGGAGGAAGAGGAGGAGAGUUGAGUGAGAGUGUGUGUGUGUGUGUGUGUGAGUGUGUGUGUGUGUGUGGGAGAGAAAGAGAGAUAGCGAGAGAGAGAGACCUCGGCGGAGAGGAGGAGAGAGAGAGGGGAGGAGAGCUCCGUCUCUCCCGGUGCACUUGGCAGUCUAGUUGCGGGCUGCUGUGCUGUUGCUGUCGUGGCGUGGCUGGUCGCGCCAGGCGGGGAACUUCACCACACUGGAGCCCGGAGUCCCACUCUCUCACCUGCGCAGUUCGGAGCUGCCAUGGGUCUCUCGCCUGGAUUUACUGUCCUAAUUAUUCUACCGGCCUUUCUGCUGCACACCAGCGGCCUUUACAUCGCCAGUAGCGUUGACUCCCUGCAGCAUGUCCUGGGGGAGUAUGGACUGGUGAGGCCGAUCAGUGUGGACGCAGAGGGCCGCUUCCUGUCACACGCCGUCUCGGCUGGCCGCAUGGCAGGAGGGCAGUCCCGUAGGCGCCGGAGGAGGGAGGUAGGAGUAGGCAAUGAUGAGUGGGAAGGACCAAGAGAGGAGCCCGUGGCCUUUCGGGAAAGGCUUUACUACAACGUCACCAUCUUCGGCCGGGAGUUCCACCUGCGCCUGCGCCACAACGCCAGGCUGGUGGCCCCCGGAGCCAAGAUGGAGUGGCAUGAUGACAGUGACAGCACCCGGCACUCUGAGCCACUGCACGAUGAAUGCUUGUAUGUGGGGGACAUCACAGACACACCGGGAGCCUCUGUGGCUAUCAGCAACUGUGACGGCCUGGCUGGUAUGAUCAGGAUGGAGCAAGAGGAGUUUUUUAUCGAGCCGGUGGAGGGGGGUGACGGAGUGAUAGAGGAGGAGGAGGAGGGAGGAGGAGGAAGGACACACAUCGUCUACCGCUCCUCAGCUGUAAAGAAAGCGCCCAUCAGCAGCACGGCGGCAGACUACCACUCCAGAGGUGCUGAUCUCGGUGGUCUGAUGGACCUGGAGUCUCUGUACCGCGGCGUGGAGCAGAGUAUCAACCACACAAGAGCGGGCCGAAUGCGCAGACAGAGCCUGGAUCGGGCCUACAACAUCGAGGUGCUGCUGGGCGUCGACGACUCGGUGGUCCAGUUUCAUGGGAAGGAGCAUGUCCAGAAGUACCUGCUAACACUCAUGAACAUUGUGAAUGAAAUCUACCAUGACCAGUCUUUGGGAGCAAAGAUCAACGUGGUGCUGGUGCGAAUUAUCAUGCUGGGCUACAGCAAGUCCAUGAGUCUGAUUGAACUGGGGAACCCCUCUCAGAGUCUGGAGAACGUGUGUCGUUGGGCCUUCCUGCAGCAGAAGCAGGACACGGGGGACGCCGAGUACCACGAUCACGCCAUCUUCCUCACACGGCAGGAAUUUGGGCCGACGGGCAUGCAGGGUUACGCCCCAGUGACAGGCAUGUGCCAUCCAGUGAGGAGCUGCACUUUGAACCAUGAGGACGGUUUCUCCUCUGCCUUUGUAGUGGCACACGAGACCGGACACGUGCUGGGGAUGGAGCACGAUGGUCAGGGGAACCGCUGUGGAGAUGAGGUGCACAUGGGCAGCAUCAUGGCUCCCCUGGUGCAAGCUGCCUUCCACCGCUUUCACUGGUCCAGAUGUAGCAUGCAAGAGCUGGGACGCUACCUUCAUUCCUAUGAUUGUCUCCGUGACGACCCCUUUGACCACAACUGGCCAUCACUGCCCCAGCUUCCCGGUUUGCACUACUCCAUGAACGAACAGUGUCGCUUUGACUUUGGUGUGGGCUACACGAUGUGCACCGCGCUACAAAAGGCGGGCCAGUCAGGAACGCAGUAUCGCACAUUUGACCCAUGUAAGCAGCUGUGGUGUAGCCACCCAGACAAUCCCUUCUUCUGCAAGACCAAGAAAGGACCACCCAUCGAUGGCACCAUGUGCGGGAAUGGGAAGCAUUGCUUUAAAGGUCACUGCAUCUGGUUGACACCUGACAUCAUCAAGCAAGAUGGAAACUGGGGCUCAUGGAGUGAGUUUGGCCAGUGCUCCCGCACCUGUGGUGGAGGGGUACAGUUUCGCACACGCGACUGUGACAAUCCUAGACCAGCCAACGGAGGCCGUACCUGUGUGGGGGCAACUUACCAGUUCCAGAUGUGCAACACCAAUGAGUGCGAGGAUAUCUACAGCGACCCCCGAGAGGAGCAAUGCCACGCUUGGGACCCCCGCUUUGAAAUCCACAGCAACAACAAGCACCACUGGCUGCCUUAUGAACACACAGACCCUAACAAACGCUGCCACCUGCAUUGCAAAUCCAAGGAGACACGAGAUGUUGUCUUCAUGCAGAGAAUGGUCCUGGACGGCACGCGCUGCUCGUACAAGGACCCGCACAGUGUGUGCGUGCGUGGGGAAUGUGAGAAAGUGGGCUGUGACGGUGUGGUGGGCUCCUCAAAGCAGGAGGACAAGUGUGGAGUGUGUGGAGGAGACAACUCCAGCUGCAAAACCUUCAAAGACACCAUCACGCGUACUGCCAAGAAACGAGGUUUCCUCAAAGUUCUUGAAAUUCCCAGAGGAGCGAGACAUUUACUGAUCCAAGAGCUGAAAGCAACCUCACACACGUUAGCUGUAAAGAACGUGGCAUCAGGACUGUUCUUCUUGAACGGGGAAAACGAAUACCCAGAAUCCCACUCGGUCAUAGAGAAGGGCGUGGAGUGGGAAUACGAGAAUGACAAAGACAAGGAGACGCUUCAGACCACCGGUCCUCUCAGACAUGGAAUUCUGAUAAUGAUGAAAUUACACGGAGAUGAGGAUGUGAAUUUGUCUUAUAAGUACAUGAUGAACAUGGACAGUGACAGUGCCAUUCAGAACAACAUGCUGGUAGAGGACAGUGCCUAUGAGUGGGCUCCAAAGAAAUGGUCCUACUGCUCCAAGGUCUGCGGAGGAGGGAAGCAGUACCUGCGAUACGGCUGCAGAAGAAAAGUCGACAGUAAGAUGGUCCACAAGAGCUUCUGUAACAAAUCCAACAUGAAACCUAGAGGAGACACCAGAGACUGCAACCAGAAGCCCUGCCCUCCACCCAUCUGGGUGACAGGGGAGUGGCAGAACUGCAGCAAACCAUGUGGAAAGACAGGGAUGCAAGUCCGCUCGGUCAGCUGUGUCCAGCCGUCAGAUGACAACACCACGCGCGCCAUCCACAAUAAACACUGCAACGACGAGCGGCCCGAGACCCGCAGAUCCUGCAACCGACACCCCUGCCCCACCCAGUGGAGAGUGGGGCCGUGGUCGCAGUGCUCGGUGACAUGUGGUAAUGGGACCCAGCAGAGACAGGCUCUGUGCCACACCAGGGACAACACCAUCGGCCUGUGUCUGGACAGUAAGCCUGACACCAUCAGAGUCUGUCGCCUGGAUCCAUGUCCCAAGGGCUCAUCAGACCUCAACAAGAAUGGCAACAUCCUGAUCCAGUGGCUGUCUCGCCCCGACCCCAACUUCCCGAAGAUCUCCUCACGCCAGCGUUGUCAUGGAGACCGCUCCGUGUUCUGUCGUAUGGAGGUGCUCAAACGCCACUGCUCUAUACCGGAGUUCAAGCGCAUGUGCUGCAAGUCCUGCAGCAAUGCCACCGUUACAGAGCCUCGACCCAACUCUACCUCCACAUCCACCCCCAUCACCUCCAUCCUGCCCAGUGUUACAGCCCCUCCACCCACCAGCACCCUCAGCUCUGACCUCAGCACCAUUCAACCCACCGGAGGUGUCAGCACCACCAUUAUAGCUUCUACCAUCAAUCCCUGGACCACCACUCAUCCUCCUACCACUACUGCCGCUGUUGCUCAUUCCACCUCAUCCCCACUUAGUGCCACACAAAUGACCACCACUCAUCCUCCAGCUGCCACCAGCUCUCCUGUCCUCCCCACUAUCUUAACCAUAACAACUGCCUCAGUUAGUACAACUUAUACCAGUGUUACUACCCAUUCCCCACCUCUGCCUGCCCCAGACACAGAUGAGAACAUGGAUCCACAGUUCCAGAGCACUACAAAUAGUCCAACAACAUCUGGUAUGAUAACUACCACACACUCUCCAGAAACAGCCAGUCCAACUAUGAUGAAUCCAACAGAAAGCAGUACAAAAACAGACGCCCCACUAAAAUCAAAGCCCAAAAAGAUUCCGCCAAAGAAAAACCCCAAGAAGGUGAUUCCACCAAAGAUCAAACCUAAAAAGAAUACAUUAAAAAAUACUACAAGAAAAGAUGUUCCACCGAAGAUCAACCCUAAAAAGAAUACUAAAAACCCUAAAAAGGUGAUUCCACCAAAGAUCAAUCCUAAAAAGAAUACUGCACUUAAAAAUACUACCAGAAAAGAUGUUCCACCAAAGAUCAAUCCUAAAAAGAAGACAGAUGCUAAUCCAAAACAGAAAACCCCCGAAAAAACAACACCCAAAAAGAUUACCCCACUAAAGUCUACUCCCAAAAAGACUACCCCACUAAAGACUACUCCCAAAAAGACUACCCCACCAAAGACUACUCCACCAAAGACUACUCCCAAAAAGACUACUCCACCAAAGACUACUCCCAAAAAGACUACUCCCAAAAAGACUACUCCACCAAAGACUACUCCCAAAAAGAUUACUCUGGCAAAAACUACUCCCAAAAAGACUCCCCUUGUUAAGACCACUCUCAAAAAGACACCUCCGGUGAAGGCUACUCCUGAGAAAAAAACCAAACCCACGCCCAAAAAGGAGUCUCCACCAAAGGCCAAUCCCAAAAAGAACAUUCAACCAAAGACAAAAGUUACAAAGAAAGUGCAAAUAAAAGUUCAAAAGAUCCCAAAACCAGGUACCAAAAAUGCCACACACUCUCAGGCCAAGGUCGAUCAGAACAAGGCUAAGACUAAUCCAAAAAAGAAAACAGUUAAAACAAUUCCCUCAUAUUAUACCACAGCUCCCACUCCAUAUACAAGUCCCGAUCAACUGAGAGAGUACUUCUCUUCCACUAUCACAUCCAGCACUAGUGUAUAUGCAACAGCUGCAGGCGGGCCUUUCCCUGAGUCCAGAAUCAAUGUUACGUACAUCAAUAACAACACAGCAACUUCAGAUGAACCUCCACUGUGGUAUCAGGAUGCUUCAGCCACAACACCCAGCACUUUUGUUGAUGUCGUAACACCGGCUGGAACCACUAACUUUGAAGAAGUCAGCAUGCCUAGUGGGACGGUGCCAUAUAGUGAUGUCACAGUGACAAGCAGUGGUGAUAUCACAGUGACCAGUGGGACCAUUCCCAGUGGCGAUGACAUCACAGUGUCCUACAGCAACGGGAGAGUGGUCAGUGACACCAUGGUGCUAGACGACGGCUUCACCAUGGUGAUCCCAACCAUCGACAGUGAGGAUAUGACGGACCUCGCUUCCUCGCCCUGGCAGGACCUGUCUGAGUACAUUCCUGUGAGCAUCCCUGUUCCCACAACAACCUCAGACCCUGCCACACUCUCACCUCCCACCACCAUCACUCCGACAACAACAAAAACAGCCAUCACAACUGUCACCCGACCUCAGCAAAGACCAGAGGAGAACAGUGAGGACAACUCGAUCGAUGGCAUAUACAACAGGAUCAUCGGCGUGGACAACGACAUCUCCCAGAACAAUCUCAUCCCAAAGCGACGGGUCAACCUCCGAGAGAGGACCAAGAACAAACGCAUUCAGGAGCUUCUGGAGGAGAAGAGGAACUUUCUCCUCAGGAUGAAGAGAGGCCAUGCAGCAUGAUAGACCAAGCCUUUUCAUUUCUCUUAUAGAGAUGCCCUGUGUAACUCCCUCUGAACUGCCAUGGUGCUUUCCGUCAGGCCUUUCCGCACAAAAAAACUCUCUGUGUCAUAUCACUCGCAUGACAAUCAGGACUGUUGCAGAGAGAAAAUACUGUGGCCAAAUGUUUGAACAGUUGCUUUGAAUCAAGAAAAGCUCUUUAGAGUACAGACUGUUGCAGAUUUGAAGCAAAUCGCCUCGCCUGUGUAAAUACAAUAAUGAGAAACAGAAGGGAUAAAAAGUGUCCAUCCAGUUUGCCAGUUUGACCAGCACUUUACAAAUCCAAGCUUCUAUCCCCCCAAACCACCCACAGUCUUGUUUGUGGAUUCAAUGGUGAUGUAGAUAAGGUAUAAUGUUGUUUGUAAAAUGGUAUUAUUCCUACUGGCACUUAUUGAGCAACAAAAUCUCCGACCUAAAAUCCAAAUCUCCAUUUCCGUAUUACAUUACAGCCAAGGACUGCAGCUCAUUUCCCCACAAACAGAUAACACAGCUUCUGUAGGACAGGAUGAAAAUGUCUCCUUGUUCAGUGGCCAGCACUCUGAAUACCAUACACAUGGCAAAUUGGAGCUUUUGGAGGCCUGGAAGUGAUAUGGUAAUGCAAUACAAUCAGAAAGUCAAAGUUCUGUUAUGGUUUAAUUGAAUUGUAUAAAGUUUACACUGCUUGAAUUGUGUUGCCUUUUCCCAAGCAAACGUCUGUCUGACUGCAAAGGGUCUCUCAUCUCUCAGGAAGUUAAGUUACAGUAAUGUUGAGGGACAUUGCCAAACAUGUGGUGCUUCCUGAAUUUUGAUAAUAUAUUUUGAUAUCUCAUUAAGCUAGGUGGAAAAACAAAAUAAGUGAAGAGAAAAAAAAUAUUGAUUGCAUUUUUGUUUUUCUUUUUUAACGGUCAGUCAAGUAUGGUGCUUUUUUUGUAAGUGUUGCUAAAAGCAAUGUCCCUUGGCAUUCUUUUAUGUACAAGAAGUACAUAUAUAAAAUAUAACAAUAGGAUAAAAAAACCUGUUUGUAUUAACUAUCCAAAUAGAAGCUUUGAUGGCCAGUUUGUUUUCUUUCCUAAAAAAAUGUUAUUUUUGGUACACUCUGACGUGCAGCAGCUGCAAAAGCAUCUACGGAUCUUUCUGUACAAUAUCUGUACAUAUGAAAAAGAACUUAAUGUUUAAUAUUUAUUAAAGUUUAAGUGCCUG